AUGUCGCCUUCGGUGGUCGACAGCCUGGUGGUCGAGACGCCGCCCCGUCCGGCAUCACCAGAGCACGGAUUCGGCACUCUAGCAGUUCACGCCGGCGCUCCCCUGGACCCUACCACCGGCGCUGUCAUCGAGCCCAUCUCUCUUUCCACCACCUUCGCCCAGACUGCUGUUGGUCGUCCUGUCGGUGCCUACGAAUACUCCCGUUCGAGCAACCCAAACCGCGAUAACUUCGAGACUGCUGUUGCAGCCCUCGAGCACGCCCGUUAUGCCCUAGCUUUUUCCAGCGGCAGUGCUACCACGGCCACCAUCUUACAGAGCCUCGCUGCCGGCUCCCAUGUCAUCUCAGUAUCGGAUGUGUAUGGCGGCACCCACCGUUACUUCACCCAGGUCGCAAAGGCCCACGGUGUCAGGGUCACAUUCACACCCGAGAUCGAGGUCGACGUCAGUGAGCACAUCAAUGAACAAACCCGCCUGAUCUGGAUCGAGACCCCCAGCAACCCCACGCUGCGUCUCGUCGACAUCCGUGCCAUCGUCUCGGUGGCCCACCGCCACGGCGUCCUUGUCGUUGUCGACAACACCUUCCUGUCCCCCUACGUCCAAAACCCUCUCGACUUUGGCGCCGAUAUCGUCGUCCACAGCGUCACAAAGUAUAUCAAUGGCCACAGCGACGUGGUGAUGGGCGUUGCCGCCUUCAACUCCCCCGAGCUCAAGGAGCGUCUCAGCUUCCUCCAGAACGCCAUUGGCGCUGUCCCCUCUGCCUUCGAUUCCUGGCUGGCCCACCGUGGCCUGAAGACGCUCCAUCUGCGAGCUCGCGAGGCCACCAGCAAUGCUACUGCCGUUGCCGCCGCCCUCGAGGCCUCGCCACAUGUCAUCGCCGUCAACUACCCGGGGCUGGACUCCCAUCCCCACCGCCACAUUGCUCGCAAGCAGCACCGUGACGGCAUGGGAGGCGGCAUGUUGUCCUUCCGCAUCCGCGGUGGGCACGACGCUGCUGAGCGCUUCUGCCGCUUUACCAAGAUCUUCACUCUCGCGGAGUCCCUGGGAGGCAUCGAGUCCCUCGUCGAGCUCCCCAGCAGCAUGACGCAUGCCGGUAUCCCCCGGGACCAGAGAGAGGCCGUCGGCGUCUUUGACGACCUGGUCCGUGUCAGCUGCGGUGUUGAGGACGCUGAGGAUCUCAAGAGAGAUGCCCUCCAGGCCGUGGAGAAGGCUGUGGCUGGAGCCAAGAACGGGACCAAUGGUUCCGACUAA